UUUUGCGAACGUGAAUAUGCGUGGUGGCCCAAGCGGCUAAAUUUCUUUUCGACGGACGCUAAAUACGCUCUCACGAUCAAACUGACUGUGACAUCUUAUAUUGACUUUGGCGUUUGUACCUGACCUCGGACAGAUAUCAGAUAUCUCUCCACCAAUCUCGUCGUUCAUCCUCGCUAGCGCAGCACCGUUGCAGAUGUUAUAACGAGAAGGAACAGACUUCUCGAGGGCCAUCUGUCAUGCUGCAGCGCGCCACGAGGUGGAUGUGCUCAGGGACACGAGGAUUGGUGGCAAUAACUCGUCCUGUCCAAAAAACCGAAACGGAAAUGUGCAUCUUGGUCAAGGGCGCUUCUCUCGAUGGCUUGGUGUAUAAGAAGCGCCUGUUGAGAGAGGCAGACGCUGUCCUACACUGCCAUCAUGUCGUCUGUCCUUUCUCUGACCCCGCUCCUUCUCCUUCCAUUCGUUCAUGGUGCCGACGUUCGAGUCCUCUCAAGACAGACCAAUCCCGCCAACCUCCCCGCGAACUGGUCCCUGGCCGGAUGUUUCACGGACGUCUCGGUCGCGCGUACCCUCGCCGCGUCGUCCGCCGCCGGCCCGAAUAUGACAGUUGCUAGCUGCAUCAACUUCUGCGCGGGGGAGGGAUACAUCUUCGCUGGGGUGGAAUUCGGCGAUGAAUGUUGUGCGUCAACGACCUUCUCCUCCGCCGUUUCCUGCUCACGCGCAUUCACGUAUCAGAUUGCGACUCCACGAUCCAAAUCCCCGGAGGGAAAGCCCCGCUCACGGACUGUACAGAGCCCUGCGCCGGCGACCACAGCGAGAUCUGCGGCGCGUCCGGCAGACUCUCGGUCUACACCAGUGGCGCGCCGAGUCCCGUGCUCGUGCCAAACCCAGCAGCCGGAUGGACUUACCAAGGGUGUUUCACGUAUCGACAAUACGGCCAAUCGGACUCUGCCCGUUCCGAUUAAUGUCCCCGUCGGUGUCACCGCUGAGACAUGCACCGCGGCAUGUAUGUCGGCGGGCAAAUACGUCUGGUCCGGUCUGGAGAACGGGCACGAAUGCUGGUGCGGAAGCAGUGUCGGCGGGAUCGCUGCCCACGUCUCCGACGACGACUGCCGGGCUGUCUGUAGUGCGGACCACACGGAAUAUUGUGGUAACGCGAAUCGGCUCGCGUUGUACGGCUUCACCUCAGCAGACGCACCGCCUCCACCUCCGCAGACGUGCGAGACCACAGUGAGCAACUUUACGCUUCUUGCUGUGUAUCGGAAUCCGCCGGUGGGAGGUCCGAAGCAAGUCAAUGUCCGCGCUGUGCUCGUCGAGUUGGUCCCGAACACUUUUUGGACGAUUCUGUCGGCUUGUGCGACGUGCUGCUCGGACUGGCCCACGUUCACACUUCAAAACUCCGUCUUUCACCCACACUCCUUCUCGAAUCCUGUGCAGUCGAUGACAUCCAUCGGUGCUGCCGACGGGGAGUCGCCGGCGUUCGUCGCAUCCAGCCCUCCUUUCCCGGGCACUCAGGCGUACUGUGCACAGCAAUCCGCCAUCAAUUUGACCUCUCCGCCGCUGCUUUCGUUCGGUGGACAGAGCGACUCGUGGUCGCUGUGCACCAACACCUCGCUCAACGCCAAUGGCCGAAUUGAUCUCGUGCAUUCGCCGGUGACCAAUCAUCCCAACUACCUCUUUUCGUCGUGCAAUGCAGUUGAUCUUCUGGUCAUGCAAAACUGAGCAUAAGUAACUUACUUAGUUCCCUUCCUCCCAUAGACUUGCGGUGUAUAGUAUGUAGUACAACUUAUGCUUGAUCUCUAAGCUACUGCCAUGGCGCUACACCGCCAAAGAGC